AUGGUGAAGGAUUAUGGUAACUCGAGGGAGGCCUUUGGCGGAGGUACACAUUCUAGCGCACGGACGGUUGGAUGCGGUGUUGGGUGCUUUAUUGGGUUUCACUGGAAAUAUUGGGGCAAGCGGAGUCUUUUUUUUUUGGGGGGGGGGGGUGCCUGUCCCACGGGUACCGCGGUGUAUUGUGGCGCUUUUUUUAAAGCUUUUAGUUGGUUUCUUUUGUAUGCUGCACACACUUUUGUAGGUUGCGAUAAGAAGACAUUCAUCACGUCCAGCGUUGCAGAGUGUCAGUUCCCGUGGCGGGCGGGCAUUGCAGUGUAUGUUUCGGUUCAGCUGUGUGGUCCAGGCGACAUGAGCGGUGCGAUCCUGCGGGAGAAGAUCCGGACCUCUAAAUGUCUCAUUUCUCUAAAUCGAUGCUUUGUAUCUUCUUAUGCUCCCAUGCUGCGAGUGCUAUUUCAGAGGAAGCCUCGUGUAUGUUUGUGUGUUGACGUUGCGUGGAAACGUUGCUCCAUGAAUGUGUCAUCCUUCUGGUUGUCUUUGGAGUGGUGCAAGGUGGUGGCGAUGUUGCCAUCGCUGCAACGACGGCGUUGUUGUCUCUCUUGGGGCUCUGCAGAUGUGCUGAGCCGCGUCUCUGCAUUUUUUUUUUCUCUCUCUUUCUGUGCGUUUUUUUUUCUUUGCGGCCGGCCGUAG